UGUGAACACAGAAUUCGGCAUUUACGACUUUGCUCCUUAAUUAUCGCUCAUUAAAUCUCAUAUUCGGCCCAUCAUAUUUUCCCCCCCUCUGUGUGUGAAGCAAUCUACUGAAUAGCCCCCAUCUUCACCCAUUCUCUUCCGAGACAGCCUUGAAGGGACAUCUACGCUUUGCCCAGCUAACGAAUACUGAGCACAACAAGUGCACACCUCAAAGUGAUCUACUCACUAGGCAAGCAAGAUUCUGGGGGGUGGCUUUCUCAGAUCAACUUUUUGAGAGUCACCUUCGAUUUCAGCACUCCAUUCCAUCAAUGUUUCGUGUUCGGGUGAAUAGCUACAUAUUCUCCAAACCUGAUUUUAAUCUAUAAAGCCCCCUCUUUCAAGUCUUGUUAGACUCCUCUGAACAAAAAAUACUGGAAUUCGAGACUCCCCCCGUCUCCAACAAGAUAUUGCAACCCUAGCAGCACAUCUCAAAGACUGACAUCAGCACAGCUGCUCUAAAAUCUCUAUCCAUGACACGAAUGAAAUAUGCCUAGACUGGUAUUAUGGCGAAAGAACCGCUUCGUCAAGAAGCCUUCACCAUUGAAAAAUGCAGUUCUCGCAGAUGAUCCUAAGGUUAUUGAUACCCAACCUGCAGCACAUCCACUCGAUCUGCAAAGGAAGCAAGAAGAAACUUCCAUUAAAUACUCAGAUUCAACCUCAGAAGCCGGCGGUGAAGUCGAAAGUCAUGACCAAUUGUUGACAAGGAAGGGGAAAGAAGCUCCGAUUCCACGGAGAGGCUGGAUUCCGACCAAUGUCCACUCUGUGCUCGAACCAGUUGCACACACAAAGAAGCGCAAAGCCCUCCAUCAGUCCAGUAUCGAAAACAAUACCAAUGUCGACACAACAAAAAUCUUCCCACCCAUCACAGCACCACAUUUACAUCGCCCCAGUCCACAGUACAUUGGUAACUCGACCAGUCACAUUACUCCCGCUCCCGACUCUCAGAAACCCAGAUUUAUUAUCAAACUUAGAGUCCCAACUCGGUACAAAGCCCAUCAUUUCCUAUCAGCUCAGCAAGCCGUCACUACAAGCAAUUAUUCACACAGAAAUUAUCCCCAACCCCGUGAACCACCAGGAAUCACUCUUCUUAGCCGUCCACCAGCUAUACAUGACACCAGCCCAAGCCAUGAUCGCGCCUCAGCCGAGUCAGCCCCUAGCCCCGAUCUCACCCCGACAUCCCUCAAACCCAGUCUCAUCGUCAAACUCAAUGUCCCGAUCUGGUACGAGCAGCAACAGUUACUCAUCCCUCAACCUAAUCAAGUUUUCCAGACUUCUCAAGCUCUCCAGACCUCCAAGGAAACACGCAAACCCGCUUCACAGGCUAGCAAAUGCUCGACUUGCGGUGGAAUCCACGCUUCUACUUGUAUUUCCAAUAUGGACAGGCUGGACGAGAUAAAUGCCCAAGUCUCAUUUCUCAGCAUCCUAUCCAAAGCAGCAGGAAUGAUAAUCAAUGAAGUCCUGGAGGGAGUCGAACAACCCAGCGGCCAGGGUAACCAAGCAGGUUCAGCUUUCGCUUCAUCUUUUUCAUCGACGGCAUCUAAGCUGGAGAAGCGUGAUUCGAAAAAUGCCACGAUCACGACCAAGAUGAUGGACUUGGACACUGAUCCCGAGGCAGAGGCAAAGGAUCUGAGGAGGCGAAUUGAGGGCUUAGUAGCGGAGGGCGAUAUGUGGAUAGCUAAGGCGAGACCGUUGAUUUUGGAAGCUGCUAUGCGAGAAGGUAAUCUAGAAGAAGGUGAAAAGUUGAGGAGGGAGAUUAAACAGGACGGGGUACCGGUGCGAGCCGGAGAAGCGGAGAGGUAUUUUGCCGGGGUGAGGGAGAAAUAUCUUGGGCGUCAGGAAGGCAAAAGCAUCCAGAAUUUGACACCAAUGUGA